CCGUCCAAAAAAAAAAAAAAAAAAAAAAAAGGGCCAUUUUCCUGAAACCGGCAUAGACAUUCGUCGACUGUCAGGUUUCGGCCGUUUGCCGUUGCUGUGACCAUCGCCGCUUCAUUUUGGCUCGAGAAUGUGAGAUUCUAUAAGAAGGAAGAGAAGAAUGAUCCUGAAUUUGCAAAGAAGUUGGCAUCUCUUGGAGAUCUCUACAUAAAUGAUGCAUUUGGAACACCUGAUUCUGAAGGUUUUUUCAUUAAGCAUGAGAAUACAUUGCAAUUCCUAUGUCAUUAUUUGACUAGACUUUUCUAAUUAUGGUAUUGUGUUCUGAUAAAGUUAUAAAUAUCUAAAGAAUCUCUUUUUCCUUAAUUUUACCAUUCACAUAAUUUCAAUUCAAUUAUUGUACCAUCUAGGAUUUUGUUUGUAGAUACAUAAUCGGGUGGAUUAACUAAUAUUCCAUCACUAUAUCUGCUUAAGUAAAGUCGGGCAGAGGAGUCAUUUAGCUCAUUAUGGGAAUAUGUAUCAUGGAUUUCCUUCUAAAGUUCCUAAGCUUGUCCCAAGUAUGGUGAAGCGAGGGCAUUUGGAUGUAAUUGCUAAUUUUGGCUGCUUGCAUCCAGUUGUUUGAUGCACGAGGUGCAUGAGUGGUCAUCUGAUACUGUAAUUUUGGUCAUCUAAGAAAUUCUAUUGUGUUCUAUUUGUUUCUUUAUUUUUUCAAUUAUGUAUGUCAAUAUUGAUUAGAAUAUGUUAACUGACCAGUGUACACAAAGCUAAUUUCACAUGCCCAUUAAUGAACUUCGAAAGAAGUGUGGUACUGGAGAAUAAUUUCAGCAUAUACUUGCUGUUAUAAUUUUGAAAACUGAGACUCGGGUGAAUCUUGGACUAUGGCAUUACCAUUUGGAAUGCUAGAAAAGGGACCAUUUUUUGUCCUACUUUGGAACUGUACAAAAGAACUAGUUAUGUAUGUCCCUUUGCUCUAAUAGCAGAAAAAUAAUAAAGAACUACUUACCAUUUUUUUUGUCAUCCACAUAUACUAAUGACUUGAGCACAUGCGAAUCAUCCACAUCUCAAUGCUUCAAAUUUUUGUUUGAUAUCGUGUUUCAUAAUAUGUCAAAUUAUAAACUUUGUCCCUCUUCCCGUGUCUUGCUAAUCACAAUGGGCAAAAUUAGGUCUUUAUAUGUGGUUAAAGCUCCAAUUUAUUCUUUGCUGAUGUUCUGUGAGCAACUGAUAGAUCCUUCCAGAAUCUAGUUUUGAAAAUGCACUUGAAAUUCCCCUAUUCCAAUGAUUUGGCUGGUGCUGCAAUUAACUGUUGCAAUUAACUUGUGGUAUUCAAAGUGGGUCUAGUGGACUCUCUUGGCUUGGGGAAUUUAGCUUUGUAUGUGAAAUUGAUUUUCUUGCGGAUAAAAAUAUGAGUCCCACUGUUGGGAUUUCUUGCAGCUUUGAAGAGUUCCAGCGAUUUGAUUCUUUCUUCUUGAAGGCCAUGGCUGUUGCAUGAGAGUUCUUCUUGCCUUGAUUCUUUCUUCUCGAAGUUCAUGAGUGUUGCAAGAGAUUUCUUCUUGCCUCCUGAAAGGCUAAGAUUCGGCCUGGUACCUGAGAGGUUGUUGCUUUCAUCUUUGGGUGUUGGAGAUUCUGGUUCAUAUGGUUUUCGUCUUUGGAUGUUGGAGUUUCUGGUUUCUGGUUAACAAUACUUUAUUUUGCUAGAUGUCCUAGUUGUUGAAAGGUUCUUGGAGAAGGGGAUGAUCUCAAAAUUGCUCUACAGAUGCAAAAUUCACUUCUCGUGGAGUCUGUAUGUAUCAGAUCAUGUAGCCGUGAGCCUGCCAGGUGGCAGAAUCCUGGUAAGUGCUGGGUCCAUGGCUAGUCUUCACUCAGCCUCACAGCUUUAUAUCCUGUACCCUACCGAUGAGAAGCCUACUUGGAGGUUAUUAAUUGUACUUGGGCGACCUCUGAGAUUUGCUUGGGGACAUAGUAUAUCCGUUGUUGGUAGGAGAAGGGCCAUAGUUCUUGGUGGUCAAACAGGAGAGGAAGCUAUAAAACAUUUCUCCAAGGGACUUUUUCAUAUGGGUUUAAUUUUAUGCGGUUUAGAUGGAACACAUAUUGGGUCACUUUACCUUUCUAAUCUAGUAGUGCGUGCUUCAAUAGAUUGUGAAGAUCCGUUGUGUGAAAUUGAUGAAGUUCCAAUUGGGACUGAAUAUUGCAAAGUCUUUGUCUCAAAAGUGAAAAAGUUGAAUGCUGGUUUGGAAACAACAUUCCGGGGUCUAAGAACAGGUGGAGAACCUGUUGGAAGAUACGUUAUGUGGCACUCAAUUCAUAUCCUAUCUGACUACGUGAUGAUAUUUUCGCAUAUCGAUAUUGGAGCUUACUGUUGACUCUAAAACAAGCUAUAAUAUAUAUAUAUAUAUAUUUUGUUUGUACUGUCGAUACUUUUGUUUUGUUUUAUAUACAAAUUUGAGUUCUUGAAUUAUUAAAAAUUAUUAGUAUUGUUGAAGGAUGUUUUGUAUAUUUUUAUAAGGAAUGUUUGGUUGGCACUGUACGGUUACAUGGUAU